CACGAUACACUCAAUUUAACAGCGCUUUUUCGCCCACCCACGCACACGUUCACACUUUUUGAUAAAGUCGAUUGAUCUGAUUGACCGAGAAAAAAAAACAAACAAACACAACGAAAAAAGGGUGAACUGGUGCCGGCGUGCCGAAGAUACCAUUAACGCCAACUCCCACCAACCGCCGGCCACGCCUCUUGCCCGCCCGCGGAGCGCCAAAGGAUGUCCUCAGUGGAGGCCGAGGUGCUGCAGAAAAUCGAUCUGAUUGAACCCACAACCGGAAAAUUGUUUUUCGAGCACAAAACGGAGCUGCUUUUCUGCCGGCCACAUCUGAUGCCGCUGAAGACGCAGGCGCUGGAACGCCUGGAGGAAAUGCAUCGGGACACCGCUCGCCAAUUGCAGAAGAAGCGCCAGCAGAAGAAGUCCACAGAGCCCACAGGCUCGCUAUGAACCAGUCCUCCUCAAUCGCAAGAACCCAGUCGUCAUAAGCACACACACACACACACGGACGCACCACAAACACACACACACAGA